AUGUCAAGGAAUAUCGAAAGUGCGGAGAGUAUAUUGAAUAACACCACCUGUGAUGGUCGCUACUCGAUGAAUACGAAAACUUUCGAAGGACGAAAUCGUUUUAAAGCUGGUACUGAUGGUGUUACGCAGCCAGUUGAUCGACAAGAUUCGCUAAUGCUUUGUCAACAGUUGCAAGAACAAGAUGGUUUUGACUUUAUGGAUCAAAGCAUGGAUCUGACUCCUUAUUUAAGGGAUCUUCGAGGAAUAGAUGACAAUAGUGAAGAUCUGGAGCCUGUUAUCGAUAAACAACGAGUACUUGAAUAUGACAUACAAAUGCAACAUGGCGUUUGUGCGUGUACUGCUCAAUAUGCAGAUUUGUCAAACAUUGCAAAAGCUAUAAAAUCCGACACAAGUUUGGAUGAUGCACUAGUCGCAGUUCCAGAAACGUCAGGUUUUGCAGCAAGUUUUCAGCCGGUGAAGACGGAAAUAACAAACAGUGAAGAAAUGAAAGGAGAGCGAGGAACUCGGCCGACAAUAUCCGUGAAGGAGGAUACAUCAGAUCAAAUUGAAAUUUCUUUUACACCAACUAUUAAGCCCAGAAAGUAUUCACUGAAGCCAGAAGCAGAAAAGAGAAAUCCAUUGUAUCGAUUGAAGCGUGAAAAAACAACGAUGCCGUAA